AUGAAUAGCAACGGCAGAUUGCGUGUAAGGAAGGCGUGCAUUAUUUGCAAGAGGAGAAAAGUGAAAUGCGACGGCCAAUUUCCGUGUUCCAAUUGUGUCAAGCACAUGCAAGAGUGCCACUAUGACUACAACGGCUUCAACAAGAGGUCUAAGUACAAGAAGAGUCGGUCGGGCAGCGUGCCCGAGGCGAGGGAAUCGGCAUCCUCGCAAACACGAUCUUCGAGCGGUGGUAACGACAUCGAGGGCCACAUGGCAAGCCUGUUGCUGCAACUGGGCUCGCAACUCGAGAGACCGGGCAGCACUGGGCUGAAGGCACAGGCGCAGGCCAAGAUGGGCGAGUCAAGAAGGGGAGCGCAACGCAGCGCGCAGCAUACACAACCUCCAGCGCUUAAUCAGUCCCCUUGGCAAAGUUUCUCGUCCGACAAGUACAGGUUCCACAGGAGAUACCAGAAUGUACUGCCGUAUUACCUGGGGGGCUCUUUGCUCUCCGAAUUGCCGCAGCAAACGAUACUGAAAUAUAAUCUAAAGCAACCAAGGAUUCAGAAUUAUGGCUGGAACUUAUCCGGCGGACACUACCUGAGACACGAUGAAGUGAAUAGCAGAUCGCGGGUUUUUUCUCCGACAGUUCCAACCUUGCUGUUCGAUUUUGAUAAUCCGACACACCUAUCAAUUGUCGAUAAACUCCUGAAUUACUUCUUCAGCGAGAUAAAUCCAACCCUAAGUAUAAUACACGAGCCAAUGUUUUGGCAACAGUUUAGGAACGGAUUUCUUAAUCAAAACAGACAACAACAUUCAACAGCGAAGUUGUUUUUGUCGAUGCUUUAUCUUAUCCUUGCUAUAAGUUUAAGAUUCCAUGAAGGACACAUCAAGGGCACUCAAAUGGGAAAGAAUUACGCAUUCAAGAUGGAAGAGAUUCAUGUCUUGAACGAAUACUCAAGGGAAGAAUUACUAUUUGAGUAUGCCUACUCGAUUAUAACUAAACUAACCUUCGAAUGGGAGUCGUUUGAGCUCAUUCAAUCCUGGCUUUUGAUCUGUUUUUAUUUUCGUACUUGCUAUAGGCAAACAUCCUGUUGGAAUGCGUUGAAUCAAGCAACCAGUAUGUGCAAUGGUAUGUCAUUGUAUUUGAAUAGAUUUCCGGAGAAGCAUGCAAAAUAUGAUGAAAAUCGUGCCUGGCAUUGUUUCUGGGCUUGCUUUAUUAUGGAUAAGCUGAUCACUUUCCAAAUGGGUAGAUUUUAUAGUUUGGAUUUACCAGUCACAAGCAUGGCAAGACCAGGGUUUUGGCAAGGGAAACCAACUAAAUCGGAUGAUAUAAAUACAGAGGAUAAUACAAAUGAUGAUCGUGAUCCUGAUAAUCAUAGUGAUGAACCUUUGGAUAAUAAAGAGGAUGAAUUUGAAGAUGAUUGGUUUCAUUCAGAAACCGUACAGUUAUUUCAUUUAUCUUUAAUUAUGAUGGAUUGCCAAAAGCGGAAUGGUGAAGAGUUGACUUUGGAUGAGUCACUGGAUAUAAGAGAUAGAUUAAAUGAUUGGUAUGAACGCUUUUUCGUGAAAACGAAGAUAAGUCAGAAUUGGGAGAAACUAUGUCAAAUUCAGCCUUUCAUUUCAUAUCUUGAUGUAAGACUUACAUUUGAAACUAGAAGAUUGUUCCUCCUUAUCAAUCAACCAUCUACAUCUUCGGAAAUUUUUUUUCCUAUGGAUUCUACUGCGUUAAUAAAUCACUGUGAAUUAUCGAUAGAUAUUAUGAGUCAAAUCUCCAAGAAGAAAUUGAUUCUUAUUCCUUGGUGGCUAAAUCUAUCUCAAUUAUUUACUGUAAGUGUAAUUUGCAUCACGUUAAUUCAUUCAGGUAUACAGACAGAUUUAUCAAGAAACUUUCUAUUUAAAUGUAUGCAUAUUUUGAAUGAAUUGACUACAUUAAAACCUAAAAAUCCUCCUCAAAUGUUACCUGAAUGUUUAUGGUGUUUAAGAAUGUUAAAUCAUAUGUGUUGUAUGAGGUUAAUAAGUUCAGCAGCACAACUAGAGAUGCUUGUGGGAACAGAUCCUGGUGAUAGCAGCCCUAAUGAUAACAGAUUCUCUCAAUUCGGAAAAGUAGGUGAAAAAGAAGUUGAUGACGAUGAUGAUGGCGUCGAUGAUGAUGAUGGUGUUGGUGACGAUAGUGUCGAUGGUGUCGAUGGUGUCGAUGAUGAAGAUAAUGAUGCUAAUGACACCUUAGAAAAAUCAGAAAAUGUUGAAAAUAACUUAGAUAUACAGCCAUUAGUUACAGGACAAAAUGUCCGACUACCAUUUGAUCUGCCAGCUACCGAUGAUGUUGUGCCUGUGCAGGCGCAUCAGCGGCAGGUUCAGCAACCGCAGAUAAAUAAUCAAGUCUCGCCCACUCAUCCAAAAAUUUCGAAUUUGAUUAAUCCAGGAUUUUCACAGGGGAAAACAACUACAGAGGCUUCCGAUGAUGGCUCAAAUAUGGUGAUUGACGAAAGUUUAUUUUCCUACUUACAAUGGUUCGAUCAGAGUUUUAUUUAA